CGAAUGCACCGUUAGAGUUUAUACCUGAUAACACGGGAGGCGCGGGACAUCGAGUUGUUCUAAACUACUUUGCUUGACUAUGAUCACUAGAUUGGGCAUCGCGCACGCCCCUGUACACGUCCGAGCCUGUCCCAGCGCCGAACUGUUGAUGCCAUCUUCAUGAACAGAACAAUGACCGAGGCACCUUCGCCGACAGACCCUCGCGACAUUAUAGACUAGUUUCAUUGACUGAUACUCCAAUUGGGUGGUCUCCAUGUUGCUCUAGCUCCGUCGUAUUCGUUCGCGCCGCAAACGAAAUCUGUCCGAGGACUAAGUGUUCGACUAUGUCCGUGUUUGAAGCCUUGGUGAGCCGCUUUGUUGAAUGUCCAUGAUGCAAUGAUCGUACAAAGCCUUCCUGUAGCUCUCAUUACAUCAGCAGCUGUCCGUUCCCGCCUUCUUUCUCACCAACUUCUUCAGCGAUCUCUUGGACAGUCGAACCUAGUAUGUGCUAGUGUGGCCGACUAUACAUUCGAAAUCUCCGUUUUCAACACUCACGUCUCGGUGCGUCGGCGAUCUGGUCUUGAACGCGGAGCUCUCUUCUUCAUGUCUAGUUUUGCCGUCUUCAGCCCGCUGUACGCUCCCAUGAGGUGCUGAGGAUAGCUAUGACCAUCACGAAGUGCCUCUGUACCGUGUACAGUAUAUAAGCCUAACUAGAUGGCGUUCAAAAUGCCCACGGACAAGGAAGUCCGCCGACAGCGCAUGAAGCCCGACGAGAGGACAUGGCUCGAUGAUUGCAUCCGCAACGGGCCUUCCUCGAAUGACGGGUCCGCCCGCUCAGCUUGGAAACGGGUUACCGUCGACGCUUUCCUAUCCCAGUUCAUGUCUCCGGAUGAUGGCCACUGCGAUGAUCGUAGGAAGAGAAUGACAAAGAGAGUCAACGAGUACAUCAAGAAUCACACACACCGUGUUCUCGGAAUUCAUGCUCAGCCACGCCGUACCGUUAAACGCCCAAUAGUUCCAUCUUCACCGACACCAUCUCUUUCUUCGAGCUCCUUGGACAAGCGUCGUGCCCGUAGCUUCCGGGACAUAUUUGUAUCCUCUGAUCCGCAUGUUCAGAGCCGUGCAAAGGUCCUUGGAAGGCUCGUCAAGGACGGCGCUAUCUCGAGGAGUCUCAGUCUCUCGUUGUGGGCUAAGUUUAUCAACUGGAGGAUGGAGGGAGACGACGUUUUGAAGAUGAGGGAUGCAUGGGAACGUGGAGAGUUGGAGACGGAGCAGAUUUCCGCGAUGUUGGCACGUCCUGCCGCCGGAGAGGACACAGGAAGAGGUUCUACUGAUUCGACUUCAAGCACCCAAGCUUGCACCUCUACGGCUAUCGAAACGUCCGCUAUCACCGAUAACUCUUCCGCGGUGCUUGAAGACGCCGAAGACUUCUUAGGGUUUCAUAACCUGUCUCUAAUGGAAUCGUUGCCUUUCUGGCCUCUUGAUGGGCAUACCCUCGAUCCUUCCGAGCUUGACAGGAUAGAUUUUGGUAGAGAUGAAUCUGCGACCUAUGGCUCAGUGCUCUGGUAAUUUUGGACGGUGUCCCACCCAAGCGUUUCCAAGGCGGACAGUUUUCCUUAUUUGUUCGGCGUACGGAUAGGAUAUUGUUGUAGGUCUCGUGGGACCUUGUAUACUUUCUUUGAUGCCUCGUAUUCAACAUGCUUUCACACUUUUCUGGACGACCACGGCUCACUGAUACCAACUAUGGGCCGACCAACGCUUGC